AUGGGCAUGAUUGGGGGCUACAUACUGCCCGAGCGCAGUGUCCACAAUUUCUGGGUGAAGAAGUGGGGUGAACAUCACCCCGAGGAUGCCUUGGAGGACGGAGAGCCCGGAGCCGACGAUGACGUCUCGCACGACAUCGUCUACUUAAUCGAUUGGGUGCGCUCGCUCCCCGAGACUCACCGCGUUGCGCCUGUGAGCUGGCUCAUCGGCAAGCGCGGCCUCACAGCCGUGAUUAUUACGGCAUGGGAGGAUCAGAAGCGACACUUCCGUCGCAUCCUCGAAGACAAAGCGCAGGAACGGCUGCGGGACACAUUUGUCCAGACUGCCAAUGAGGCCGCUGGGCACGAUGUAUUCGUCGUGAACGAGUUGACGUACUUCAGUAUGUCCGAACAAUAUCUCGUCCUUCCCCUCGCGAUGUGCUUUGAUCGUCCGGGAGCCGCACGCACCCUUCCCAUCCAGAGUGCCCACGAGAGCAAUGGGGCCCGCAGCCGUACCCGCGAUAUGCCACGGGUCGGUUGA